AUGUUUUAUGGUAAGCUUUCCCAGCGCUAGCAAUCUUACAAUUAUCAUUACAGACGAUUGUAGAUGUGUGUCGGGCUGAUUCCUCGGAUCCCUAUGUUUCUGUAAUUCUCUAUUUAAAACUCAGAGAGCUUCCCCCUUUUGGUAUGGCUGUUUGCAGUGAAGAUACGUUAAGCAAUGACGGCAUGUUAUUUCGAGAUGCUCUAGACACUGCAGGACAGGAAAAUUCUCCUGAGUCGUGA